CAGAUUAAUCUGUGCUUCUACCAACUUCUACAACAUAACGUGGUUAUAAAAGAAGUGUAUAUAGGUAUUAUAUCUGAAAAUAAACUGAGAAUAUAUUUACACAUAUAAAAACUGUUUUAUUUAAUUACAACAAUUAUAAAUAUUGGAUAUGCCGGUUCAACGAUGCUGCUAUUCGCUCAUGUCACGACCAGCCACGAUAAAUUUAAUCAGACGAUUUAUCUCGAAAAGUAAUGGGUUCAAUCAAAGACGUUUGCCGAGGGAACGCAAUAAAAGUGGAACCAAUGUCGAGAUGUUCAGCUCCACUAUUUUAUCGGAAUAUACCGAAGCCAAUAAUUAUAGAGAUACUUUACAAUCUAAACAUAAUCUAAAAAACGAAAACAUAACUUCGUCCUGUCACGUUCCACAAAUUAUCAGCAAUUUGCCUAGUCAGGACUCCCUCGAUGAUCGUGAUAUAACGUUACCGCAUCCUCUGGAAACAUCCACCGAGGAUUUGUCGGACAUUGGUCCGUACCUUACUCCGACCUUCACCUUCGCGAAAUAUGCGAACAAAUCUCGUACGGUUCAGGAGCUGGUAAAGCUCGGGGUGAAUCUAUAUAAAAUCGAAUCGAUGAACGGAAUGGUGGAGUACAUUCUUAAGCUCGAUUUCGAGCGAGAUGUAAAACCGUACAUAAGAUUCCUGCACGAUUGCGGCGUGCCUGCUAAUACUCUGGGCGAUUUCCUCACAAAGAAUCCUUACAUCUUCAAGGUAGACAUGGAUGACCUUCGCACAAGAAUAAGAUAUCUGAGGGCUCAUGAGUUUAACAUAAACAUGAUACAGACUAUAAUUUGUAAACAUCCCAAUUGGUUGAUGUACAAUACCAAAGUGAUAGACGGCAGACUUGGCUAUUUCCAAAGCAAUUUCAAACUUAGCGGUAAUGAAGUGAGAACUCUAACAGUCAAAGCACCUAAAGUAGUAACGUAUAGCAUACUACACUUAAUGGCGAACACAUUGACUAUUAAAGAAGAUAUGGAUUUCAAUCAGAAACAAAGGAAACAGUUACUUCUUACGCUGCCUAAAAUAUGGGUGAAAAAUCGUGAAAGAUUGUUUGCUGUAUUUGAGUAUGUUCAUAAUGAAAUGCAAUUGCAACGUGAUUUUAUUGUGAGAAUGCCACAGAUUUUACUUUGUAGAAAAAAUAGACUCCGACAGAGGCAUUUAUUCUUGAUAGAAAUGAAAAAGGCACAGUAUGAUCCUUCUAAACCAAUGUAUGUUUCACCACGAGCCUUAGUUAGCGGUACAGACGCAGAGUUUUGCAUAAAUAUCGCAAAGACAUCUGUCAAUGCUUACAAUGCGUUUCUGAAAACAUUUUGAUCUAAAAAACACUGAUCGAGUAAUGUCUUGAUAUAAAUAUAUAAAUAAAUAUAUAUAUUGAUAUUAAAUGUAUAUUUACACAUUCUCUAUUUCUAGCAAUUCACAACACUGUUUGAUUUUCUUUCAUAUUAUUUAAAGGAUCCUUUAAUUCUCUUUAAUUGGUGAUAAUAAAGAAUCUAAUCAG